GUUUUUCCGAAUCCAAUUCGCAUGGUCGCAUGGCCGUGCUCAUUCGCCACAAUGUCGGCAUCGGACGUGUUUCCUUUGGCCGAAUAGCUUGCCGCAACCUUCACAAGGGUCAUGUAGGUGCCACGUUGGAGAAGCUCAACUUGCCACGCCAUCAUUGGCUGAAAGAAGUUGAGCAGGCUCCAGAAAAGGCAACAGUUCGGAGGAUGAAGGACACCUAUCUCCGAGAACUGGGGGAAGCGCGAGCAGAAUUGCAAGGUCUAUUUGGACCAGAAGAGCGCAGCGCUAUAGUGAAACCAACAGUCCAGGAAGAAGAGAGAAUACGUGACACCAAGAAACGGCGGGAACUCAACAAUGAGGCGCUUCGGGCUUACCGCAUGCUGCGCCCACAAGCAGCACCAUUUUAUGAGGAAGACGCGAUGCUUGGUAUGAAGGCCAAGAUGAACAAGAUCACAAAAGAGGACACGAACUUGCCAGACUUGCCAGAGUCAGCUAAAGCCAACGAGUUUGUAGAUCCUUUUCAGCAGUACCUGCCGGUGGUGAACCAGAAGGCCUUUCUUUUUGCCCUAGAGUCGGUCACAGCGUCUUUGGCAAAGGACCUUCGAGUCCUUUGCAAGUGGAUCCACGGUCCCGACAGUGUAUCUGAAGAGGAUGGUCCCCAGGCCCUUGGAUUUCGGAAGCUUGUGGAUAGACUGUUCGAUCUCAAGCUGAAGAAAGAUCCUGAUGCUGCUGCAGGAUGGGUUGAGAAGCACUGGUCUUUGCUGGAACAACUACUUCCGAAAGAGGUGGUUGCACCAAAAGAAGAAAAAGAGGAAGCUAUUGCAAAAUGGCUUGAAGGUCAUUUGUCGCGAGUAAAAGAGAAUCAAUUGCGAUAUGAGGAAACUGAUCAAAAGAUCUUUCUCCAUAGAGAGAGGAGUGCCGCAGAGUAUUACAACUUUGCCGAGGAUUUUCCAUAUGAUGACGACCCAUUGCCUGGCUUGCUUGCUGAUGAGCGAAAUUUGGACUUCCCCCUUGAAAAGGCCACGGAGUUCAUGCAGCUCUUUCUGAGGAUAAUUUCCAGCAGCAAGUGUGCAGAUGAUGCGAAAGGGAUCUUGGGAGAAGAUGGCACAGUGGUGGCGGACGUGGCGAAUCAGUUCCAGGACUUGGUCUGGUCGCUUGAAGAGAUUGGCUUGCGAAAUUGGCUGAAGAUGGACUUGGAUGAGUUGAGGAGGAAUCUACCCCAGGGUCCUUUGUCGCCAUUGACCCUGUCUUCUGAGAAUGCAGAUGAUUUGAAACUUGAACCAGAUGAUGUAGAAGUGGCAAAGACUAUGCUCAAGUGCGCGGCCCGGGGAAAGGCCGACCUUCUCGAUUUCGAGGCCGUCGACCCUUACAAAUUGCUAUGCGGAAAGCCUCCAAAUGUGGACGAGUUUCACAAGGAGCUCAGUGGUCUUCCGGAACCUGUGCUAUGAAACUUGGACAACUAGCCUCCAACCUACUAGCGAUGCGAUGGCCUACAACCUACUAGAGAUGGCCUCCAACCUACUAGCGAUGGCCUCC